AUGGCACCGCCCUCAAAGCUCGCUGUUGCAAUCGGCUCUGUCACGCGAUUGGUCAAAGAGGAAGCUAGCUACCACAAGGAGCUCGUGCAGCAAGAAGAACGCAUCAAGAAGCUCGAGGCUAGUGAAGGGGACGAGAACAAAGAGUACACAAUGAGGCAGGAGAAGCAAGCACUCCAGGAGACCCGGAAUGUUCUGCCUGCCAUUCGAACGAGGAUCGAGCAGGCGGUCGAGAAGCUCGAAGAGCAGCUCGAGAGUAGAAAGGAAGCUGACGGUGAUGCAUCGUCGGAGGAAAUCAAGAAAGCAGAAGACGCAAUUGCAGCAGGAAAGAAGGUUGUCGCUGAAGGAUCAUGA